UGAGCCCAGGCGCUGGAAUAGAGUCCGUAGGUGGUUUGGCUGUCUUGUUGCGGUAGCGGGUUGGCGUGAGGUCUUUGGGGGUUCUGGUUGGGCACAAUGGCGUCUCGGGCAGGCCCGCGAGCGGCCGGCACCGAUGGCAGCGACUUUCAGCACCGGGAGCGCGUCGCCAUGCACUACCAGAUGAGUGUGACCCUCAAGUAUGAAAUCAAGAAGCUGAUCUACGUGCAUCUGAUCGUAUGGCUGCUGCUGGUUGCCAAGAUGAGUGUUGGACACCUGAGGCUCUUGUCACAUGAUCAGGUGGCCAUGCCAUAUCAGUGGGAAUACCCAUAUUUGCUGAGCAUUGUGCCCUCUCUUUUGGGCCUUCUCUCUUUCCCUCGCAACAACAUAAGCUACCUGGUGCUCUCCAUGAUCAGCAUGGGGCUCUUUUCCAUUGCUCCUCUUAUUUACGGCAGCAUGGAGAUGUUUCCUGCUGCACAACAACUCUACCGCCAUGGCAAGGCCUACCGCUUCAUCUUUGGUUUUUCUGCCGUCUCUGUCAUGUACCUGGUGUUGGUGCUGGUAGUCCAAGUGCAUGCCUGGCAGCUGUACUACAGCAAGAAACUCCUAGACUCUUGGUUCACCAGCACACAGGAGAAGAAACGUAAAUGAAGCCUGUUUGAUGGACUGCUCUGUGAGGUGAAGCCUGGACCUCCCAUUGAGCAGAGUGAGAAGUAGAAGAGCUGGUGGUUUGGGCAGCUGUAAUGUUCAUACCUAGGGCCAGGCUAAGCCCAGUUUUGGCCUAGAGUUCACCUGUUACUAUCUGCUGAAGUGGCAAAAAUGCAUUUUAAUUUAUUCCCGGUUGGCUAAAACUGGGUGACCAACAGCUGUGAAACAAAUUUCAGCUAGUUGAAGUUAAGGCCAUUUGGUGUUUUCCUUUAAGACUGAGCCUUAGCCUUGUCUCCUCUUGGUCAUUCCCUCCACUUCCAUUCGUCAUUCUUCACCACAAAGACUGAAGGAGAUUGGAAUAAAUCAAAUUCUUCUUCAAUCUAUAGGUCACAGGGCAGAAAACAUUUGGGAAGCUGCUCCCUCUACAGGCUGUGCUCUCUACUGCAAAACGUUUUAAUUAAAAAACCUCAAUAAAGUUAAGACUGCCCUGUACACCCUGCGCCUUGUGUUUGGGAUUUGGUAGUAUGAAAGGUGUGUUGCUUGAGUGGCUGUAAACAGUUGAAGAUGAAUAGAAGUUCCCUAGUGCUCGCUUCGGCAGCACAUAUACUAAAAAUUGGAACGAUACAGAAGAUUAGCAUGGUCCCUGCUCAAGGAUGACACGCAAAUUCAUGAAGCGUUCCAUAUUAAAAAAAAAAAAAGUUCCCUGAGAAACUGGCAGUGGCAAUAGAGAAUCAACUGGGCAUGAUGAACCUGAGUUCCAACCUACAGUUGCAACCUGGUAGUUGAUUGGCAAGAACUACUGUGGG